AAUUAGCUUCGUUGAGCAUGCGCACAUCGCGCAUGUUCCAUACGGGCGUUUCAAUUCAACAUGGCGGGCGGGAAGGACAAGAAGAAAGGCAAGGGGAAAAAAGGGGGCGGCAUGAGCCACAUUGCCUCCUCCCUGAUUCCCGUCACCGCCUUCGCCGCCGUCCCACGAUCCCCUCCUCCGCCAAAAGAGCCGCCCAAGCCCCCGUCCGCCCUUGCCACCGCCCUCCUCAACGCCAGCUUCACCAGCUCGAAGGUGGGGCUCCCGUACGCGGACGCCAGCCCCGACGGGACGCUGAGGAGCACGUUCCGACUGGACCAGAGCGGGCACAGUUUCCGCAGUAUGGACCGCAGGAGUCUGGAGGAGGAGGAGAUGAGUGAUGUGGACAGUGAGAUGUACUCUGAUGACCUGGACAUGGACGAUGGGUAUGCCACAGUACCACCAGACAGGGACAACAGGCUAGGGACGCUGUCCGACCGCGACAGGAUGCCGACGCCCCCUAGCACCCCGCCGGAGAGAGACACGGGUCCGUCCGCCGUGGCGCCAGCACCGCUGUACCACCAACUGGACAGGGAAGCCGAACUCAGGGAACAGGGAGAUCCAUUAUACAGCAAACCCAGAAAGAGUGGAAAGGACAGAACAGACGUCCCAGCUCAACUUCAGGCCGGUCUGGACGAGUUCCUGAGUGAUGACAGUGAGCUGACAGCUGUGAGCAGCACACCCAGUAGUAUGGCAUCCAGGACAAAGAAGGGCAGAGGGAAGGGCAGUAAGAAAGGCAGUAAGGGAAGCAAGAAGGUGGAUCCAGAGAUGGCGCAGAUGGUGGUUGCGGACUUGCACACGUCCCCGCAACAGGGUCGCCAGCGCUCCAGGAAAGUGUCUUCUCCGGAACUGCCUGCCAAGGACAUGGGCAGGGGCACCUUCUUCACACAACCUGAUGAGGAAGUGUCAGGAGGCUCUCUUCAGAAACGCACUCCCUCUGAGGAAUUACUGAGCAACUAUACAGAAAAGUUGGAACAAAAGUUAGCGAACAGUGAUGAGCUGCAGCAGGCCCCGCCCCCAGGUCGUAGGUCAGCCCAGUCCCAGCGCCCCAGCAGCAGCACCCAGGAGCUGCGGAAACAGAACGAGCAGUUGCUACGGCAACAGCAGGAGAUCCAAGACCGGCUGGAGAACCAGCAGCAAGAGCAGAGGAGGUUUUUCGACCGACUUCAGACGAACGGAUCACAGAGACAGGACAUUUCACAGAUGGAAAAUGCUGAACUGAGGGAAACUGUGACCCGGCUGGAGGACCAGCUCCAGGCAGCCGAGCAGCACAACCAGCAGCUCCUGGUGGAGAAACAGGCCGUGAUGGAGGUCAACGAUAAACUGCACGCAGAGAACCACUCCCUCAGGAACCUGUCUAAAUCAUUACAGGAACAAGCCCCAGAGGCAGGACAGCUGGCCCUGAUCAAACAGCAGGCAGAGGAGGUCGUCCAUGAGAACGAUGCGCUGAAGAGAACCGUUCACAGACUCAACGUGGAGCUGAGCAGAUACCAGGCCAAAUACAGACCCCCCUCCCCACAACGGGAAGAAGGGAAGGAUGCCAGAGGCUUGCCAACAAGAGGACCCAUCCCACCCUGGCUGGUUGAUACUAAGUACCUGUCUCCCCUGAUGCUGGCUUACGAUGACAGACUACAGGAGAGGGAUGCAGCCAUACACAGAUAUGAGGAGGAACUGAAUGACUUUAAGACUCGAGUGGAGGAGAUCUUAGCUGAGAAUCAGGCCUUACACAAACAACUACACGACUCGGACACCUCUGUACCUGUUAACAUGGACGAAUGCCAGACCUACAGAAUUGGAGAUGGCUGCUGCCUAGGGCUGGGUACAGUACAACAGGAGAAGGGAGCAGACACACACAGGGGACAUAUACAGGAGGUGUCCAAGCUGUCCAAGAGGCUGAUGCAGGUGGAGUCAGAGAAGGGUGAGGCAGAAUCCCAGCUGUCACAGCUGAAGGGCAAGUUCAACCAGCUGCGGCGCAGGUACGAGCACCUGGAGGAAGAGAGUCAGCAGCAGAUGCCCAUCCAGAGACACGCUGAGGAGGUGGCCGAGUUCAAGAACACGCUUCAAGACAUGAGACACAAACAGGAAGAAGAUAUGGAAAAUGUCCUAUCAAGGCUCCAGUCUGUCCAGACAGAAAAGAAGAGUCUUGCCAUCCAGAACACCGACCUGCAGGCCCACACCAAACAGCUAGAGGGCGAGAUUCAGGCCUUAGGGAAAGCUCUCAGGAAAUCCCAACAGAAACUGGUUCUGAUGCAGCGUCAGGUGGAGUAUGCGGUAUCCAAGGAGGCCGACGCCCAACACUACCUCUCCAGUGUGCUGAAAGUGGCCGAACAGACGGUGCAAGAAAGGGACUCCUUAGCAAAAAUUGCCCAAGCCCAACAGCAGCAGGCCCAGAGAGCAGUGGACCAGGUGCUGCAGGAAAAAUUCACCAUGGGGAAACUAGAGGAGAGAAUGAAGCAAUACAAGUCCAAAACAACAGACAAACUUGGUUCUGUGCUAGACAGGUUGCGUGAACAGACAGAUGACUUUAACAGCCAGCGCCAAGAGUACCAGCGGGAGAUCCGACACCUCCAGCAGCUGCUACAGAAUAAGCAGGACCAGGUGGACUCUGUUAUAGCUGACAAGAAGUAA